GGCUUGGGGCGGGACCUCCGAGAGAGAGGAGCUCGAGUGGGCAGUGGCUUGAACCGCUUUCUCCCUGGGCACGUCCAUUACCGGACUGAAUUCUUAGGACCCUGACCUGAUACCGACGUCCGAGCAGCUGGGACAUCUGCCAAACAGUUGGCACCUGGCAGGGCUGGACAAGGGCACCGAGACAUCUGGUAGCAAUUGGCCCCCCGAGGUUCGCCCCAAGCCUCCCUUUGGACGCCGGAAGUGGGCGGAGAACUGGCCUCCGGUUCUUUCAAGUGAGGGAACCCAUCCCGAGCCUGAUCCGUUUGAAUGUUGAGCCGACCUAAGUGGAUGAACCAUGCCUACCAAAGUCACCCUGGGGGAACUGGUGGACCUUUCGAUUGGCACGCCGGAAGUGGGGGCUGUCAACUUCAAUGCCCUCCACAGCCUGCUGCUUGCCAUGCUCAAGCAGUUGAACCUGCAGGAUUUCAAAAUUGAGGUGCCUUCCCAGGUCACAGAGCCGACCCGGAGCACAGAGGCUACCCGGGGUCCCACUGUAAGCGGGGCCCCUGUCAAGGACAAGAGAAAAGCCAGCGUCUCUAGGCAGCCUUCAGGGCGACUCUCCUCCACAGUUUUAGAGGCUCAGGUGAAGGACUUAGGGGGACAGUUACAGGAUUUAGGCAAACAAGUCCAAGCCAUUGGGAGCCAAGUGCACGGAAUUGAGGACCACGUACAGUCAAUCGGCUCUCAGGUUGAUGUGUUUGGGGAGCAAAUAGCCGCCUUGGACAAGCUACCAUCGGGUACUGACCUGCUAGAAAAAGCCCCGAGUGGCUCCCGAGUGUCAGACAUGUGGCAAAUGAUGCAGUUGAAAAAGAAAGUGGAAGCCAACGAGGAUGGCAUUUCCAAGGCCAUGGGACUGAUCCAAGAUGUCAUGAAUGAAGUCAACACCUUGAAGGAAGAUCAGGAUAAGUUUCCGCAGCCCCAGGUGGACAAAUACAAAGAAAGGAUCGAAAAUAUGGAAGACAGAAUUGGAGCACUGGAGAACAUAGUCAAUAAUCAAGAAAGGGAACUGGCAAACGUAGAGCAGAAGAUGAUGAGUGCUUACCCUGAAGACAAUACCGUAGUUACCUGGGAGGACCUGGAGCAGGCCAUAUCUUCUGGUCGAAAAAGCACACCAUCACUUGGAGAUGUCACUGGAAUCAUUUCUCCAACUAGAGAAAUACCUCAAAGCCCUGGAGAACGGUCCCCUGAAAAGCGUUUUGAGCGGUCCACUGAAAAGCGCCCUCAACCUCUCAAGAAAACUUCAUCAAAGUCCGCAAUGCCUGGCACAGAGGGUCCAUCUCUUGGACCAAGGCGGAGUAUCACAGAACAUGGUCCACUAGGCUCAGCUGCUGGCACACCCCCUCGCACAGCCUCAAGCACUUCCCAGGUUCCUCGAGGCCCUAGGGCAGGUCAGCCAGUCUCUGGAGCUCGAGGUCCAGGUCAACCAGUUCUUGGAGCCCCAGGAACCUACCCACAAGUCCCUGGAGCCCCAGGCACCUACCCACCAGUUCCUGGAGCCCCAGGCACCUACCCACCAUUUACUGGCGCCCCAGGCCCCUACCAGCCUGGCCAAGCACCACCAGGCACCUACCCACCUGGCCAGGUACCCCCAGGCCCCUACCAGCCUGGCCAGGGACCCCCAGGCACCUACCAGCCAGGACAGGGCCCCUAUCAGCCUGGCCAGGGACCCCCGGGCACCUACCUGCCUGGACAGGGACCCCCGGGCACCUACCCACCUGGCCAGGGACCUCCAGGCACCUACCCACCUGGCCAGGGACCCCCGGGCACUUACCCACCUGGACAGGGACCCGCAGGCACCUACCCCCCUGGCCAGGGACCCCCAGGCACCUACCCACCUGGACAGGGCCCCUACCAGCCUGGUCAGGGACCCCCAGGCACCUACCAGCCUGGACAGGGACCCCCAGGCACCUACCAGCCUGGACAGGGACCCCCAGGCACCUACCAGCCAGGCCAAGGACCCCCAGGCACCUACCCACCUGGACAGGGACCCCCAGGCACCUAUGCACCUGGCCAAGCACCACCAGGGACCUACCCGCCUGGACAGGGCCCCUACCAGCCUGGGCAGGGACCCCCAGGCACCUACCCGCCCGGACAGGGACCCCCGGGCACCUACCCACCCGGACAGGGACCCCCUGGCACCUACCCGCCUGGACAGGGACCCCCGGGCACCUACCCACCUGGACAAGGACCCCCGGGCACCUACCCGCCUGGUCAGGGACCCCCGGGCACCCAACAGCCUGGACCAGGAGUCCCAGUUACCUCUCAGGCAGGGCCAGGAGCCCCAGACACCCAGCAGCCUGGAACCCGAGCCCCAGGCACCCAGCAGCCAGGAACCAGAGCCCCAGGGACCCAGCAGCCUGGAACCAGAGCACCAGGAACCCAGCAGCCAGGAACCAGAGCCCCAGGGACCCAGCAGCCUGGACCCGGAGCCCCAGGCACCCAGCAGCCUGGACCUGGAGCCCCAGGUACUUACCAGCCUGGCCAGGGAGCCGAAGGCCCCUACCCACCUGGCCAGGGACCCCCGGGCACCUACGCACCUGGCCAAGCACCACCAGGCACCUACCCGCCUGGCCAAGGACCCCCUGGCACCUACGCACCUGGCCAAGCACCACCAGGCACCUACCCACCUGGCCAAGGACCCCCAGGUACCUACGCACCUGGCCAAGCACCACCAGGCACCUACCCACCUGGCCAAGGACCCCCUGGCACCUACGCACCUGGCCAAGCACCACCAGGCACCUACCCACCUGGCCAAGCACCACCAGGCACCUACGCACCUGGCCAAGGACCACCAGGCACCUACCCACCUGGCCAAGGACCCCCAGGCACCUACGCACCUGGCCAAGGACCACCAGGCACCUAUCCGCCUGGCCAGGGACCCCCAGGCACCUACGCACCUGGCCAAGGACCACCAGGCACCUAUCCGCCUGGCCAGGGACCCCCAGGCACCUACGCACCUGGCCAAGGACCACCAGGCACCUAUCCGCCUGGCCAGGGACCCCCAGGCACCUACGCACCUGGCCAAGCACCACCAGGGACCUAUCCGCCUGGUCAGGGACCCCCAGGCACCUACGCACCUGGCCAAGCACCACCAGGGACCUAUCCGCCUGGUCAGGGACCCCCAGGCACCUACGCACCUGGCCAAGCACCACCAGGGACCUAUCCGCCUGGUCAGGGACCCCCAGGCACCUACGCACCUGGCCAAGCACCACCAGGGACCUAUCCGCCUGGUCAGGGACCCCCAGGCACCUAUGCACCUGGCCAAGCACCACCAGGGACCUACCCGCCUGGACAGGGACCCCCGGGCACCUACGCACCUGGCCAAGGACCACCAGGGACCUAUCCGCCUGGUCAGGGACCCCCAGGCACCUAUGCACCUGGCCAAGGACCCCCAGGCACUUACCCGCCUGAACAGGGACCCCCGGGCACCUACCCACCUGGACAGGGACCCGCGGGCACCUACCCCCCUGGCCAGGGACCCCCAGGCACCUACCCACCUGGCCAAGCACCACCAGGCACCUACCCACCUGGCCAGGGACCCCCGGGCACCUACCUGCCUGGCCAGGGACCCCCGGGCACCUACCCACCAGGCCAGGGACCCCCAGGCACCUACCAGCCAGGGGAGGGAGCCCCAGGUACCUACCAGCCAGGCCCCGGAGCCCCAGGCACCCAGCAGCUUGGACCUGGAGCCCCAGGCACCCAACCACUUGGACCAGGAGCCCCAGGCACCCAGCAGCUUGGACCUGGAGCCCCAGGCACCCAACCACUUGGACCAGGGGCCCCAGGCACCCAGCAGCUUGGACCAGGAGCCCCAGGCACCCAGCAGCUUGGACCAGGAGCCCCAGGCACCCAGCCACUUGGACCCGGAGCUCCAGGAACCCAGCAGCUUGGACCAGGAGCCCCAGGCACCCAGCCACUUGGACCAGGAGCCCCAGGCACCCAGCAGCUUGGACCAGGAGCCCCAGGAACCCAGCAGCUUGGACCAGGAGCCCCAGGAACCCAGCAGCUUGGACCAGGAGCCCCAGGAACCCAGCAGCUUGGACCUGGAGCCCCAGGCACCCAGCCACUUGGACCUGGAGCCCCAGGCACCUACCAGCCUGGACCUGGAGCCCCAGGCACUCAGCAAUUUGGACCAGGAGCCCCAGGCACCCAGCAGCCUGGGGUUGGAGCCCCAGGAACCCAGCAGUUUGGACCUGGAGCCCCAGGAACCCAGCAGUUUGGACCAGGAGCUCCAGGCACCCAGCAGCCUGGGAUUGGAGCCCCAGGCACCCAACAGUUUGGACCAGGAGCCCCAGGCACCUACCAGCCUGGACCAGGAGCCCCAGGCACCUACCAGCCUGGACCAGGAGCCCCAGGCACUCAGCAGCUUGGACCUGGAGCUCCAGGCACCCAGCAGCCUGGACCAGGAGCCCCAGGCACCUAUCAGCCUGGGGUACAGCCUGGGGUUGGAGCCCCAGGCACCCAGCAGCUUGGACCUGGAGCCCCAGGCACCUACCCACCUGGACAGGGACCCCUGGGCACCUACCAGCCUGGGGCACAACCUGGACCGGGAGCCCCAGGCACCCAGCAGUUUGGACCUGGGGUCCCAGGCACUUACCCACCUGGCCAGGGAGCCCCAGGCACUUACCAGCCUGGGGCUGGAGCCCCAGGCACCCAACCACUUGGACCUGGAGCCCCAGGCACCUAUCCACCUGGGGCUGGAGCCCCAGGCACCCAGCAGCUUGGACCAGGAGCCCCAGGCACCCAGCCACUUGGACCUGGAGCCCCAGGCACCCAGCAGCUUGGACCAGGAGCCCCAGGCACCCAGCCACUUGGACCUGGAGCCCCAGGCACCCAGCCACUUGGACCUGGAGCCCCAGGCACCCAGCAAUUUGGACCAGGAGCCCCAGGCACCCAGGCACCUGGACCCGGAGCCCCAGGCACCUACCAGCCUGGGGCUGGAGCCCCAGGCACUCAGCCACUUGGACCUGGAGCCCCAGGCACCCAGCAAUUUGGACCAGGAGCCCCAGGCACCCAGCCACUUGGACCUGGAGCCCCAGGCACCCAGCCACUUGGACCUGGAGCCCCAGGCACCCAGCCACUUGGACCUGGAGCCCCAGGCACCCAGCAAUUUGGACCAGGAGCCCCAGGCACCCAGGCACCUGGACCCGGAGCCCCAGGCACCUACCAGCCUGGGGCUGGAGCCCCAGGCACUCAGCCACUUGGACCUGGAGCCCCAGGCACCCAGCAAUUUGGACCAGGAGCCCCAGGCACCCAGCCACUUGGACCUGGAGCCCCAGGCACCCAGCCACUUGGACCUGGAGCCCCAGGCACCCAGCAAUUUGGACCCGGAGCCCCAGGCACCCAGCCUCUUGGACCUGGAGCCCCAGGCACCCAGCAAUUUGGACCAGGAGCCUCAGGCACCCAGCCACUUGGACCUGGAGCCCCAGGUGCCCAGCAAUUUGGACCCGGAGCCCCAGGCACCCAGCCUCUUGGACCUGGAGCCCCAGGAACCCAGCAAUUUGGACCCGGAGCCCCAGGCACUCAGCAGCUUGGACCUGGAGCCCCAGGAACCCAGCAAUUUGGACCCGGAGCCCCAGGCACCCAGCCUCUUGGACCCGGAGCCCCAGGCACCCAGCAAUUUGGACCUGGAGCCCCAGGCACCCAGCCGCUUGGACCUGGAGCCCCAGGCACCCAGCAAUUUGGACCCGGAGCCCCAGGCACCCAGCCCCCUGGACCAGGAGCCCCAGGCACCCAGCAGCUUGGACCCGGAGCCCCAGGCACCCAGCAGCCUGGACCAGGAGCCCCAGGCACCCAGCAGCCUGGACCAGGAGCCCCAGGCACCUACCAGCCUGGGCCUGGAGCCCCAGGCACCUACCAGCCUGGGCCUGGAGCCCCAGGCCCCUAUCCGUCUUGGCAGGGAGCCCCAGGAGCCUACCCACCUGGCCAGGGAGCCCCAGGACCCUACCAGGCUGGACCUGGAGCCCCAGGACCAUACCAGCCUUGGCAGGGAGCUCCAGGACCCUACCAGCCUGGGCAGGGAGCCCCAGGACCCUACCAGCCUUGGCAGGGAGCUCCAGGACCCUACCAGCCUGGGGCUGGAGCUCCAGGCACCCAGCAGCCUGGACCCGGAGCCCCCGGGCCAUACCAGCCGGGUCAAGGAGCCCCCGGACCCUACCAGCCAGGGCCAGGAGCUCCAGGCACCCAGCAGCCUGGACCUGGAGCCCGAGCCACUGGACCUGGAGCCCGAGCCACCCAGCAGCCUGGACCUGGAGCCCGAGCCACUGGACCUGGAGCCCGAGCCACUGGACCUGGAGCCCGAGCCACCCAGCCACCUGGGCCAGGAGCCCCAGGCACCUACCAGCCUGUUACUGGUGUCUCACCUCAUCAGCCAGGCCCUGGAGCCCCAUCUGGGUAUCAGCCAGGUCCUGGAGCCCCAUAUGGAUAUCAGCCAGGCCCUGGAGCCCCACCUGGGUAUCAGCCAGGUCCUGGAGCCCCAUAUGGAUAUCAGCCAGGCCCUGGAGCCCCACCUGGGUAUCAGCCAGGUCCUGGAGCCCCAUAUGGAUAUCAGCCAGGCCCUGGAGCCCCACCUGGGUAUCAGCCAGGUCCUGGAGCCCCAUAUGGAUAUCAGCCAGGCCCUGGAGCCCCACCUGGGUAUCAGCCAGGUCCUGGAGCCCCACCUGGGUAUCAGCCAGGCCCUGGAGCCCCACCUGGGUAUCAGCCAGGCCCUGGAGCCCCACCUGGGUAUCAGCCAGGCCCUGGAGCCCCACCUGGGUAUCAGCCAGGCCCUGGAGCCCCACCUGGGUAUCAGCCAGGCCCUGGAGCCCCACCUGGGUAUCAGCCAGGCCCUGGAGCCCCACCUGGGUAUGCAGGCCCCCUUCCAUAUCCUGGAGCCCCAGAAACAAGUUCUGUAACCCCAACUGGUGCUCCUGGCCGAGGGCAGCAAAGACCAGCAUCGCAGCCUGGAGGCACACAGCAAAGGCCUCCAACAGGAGUGCCUGGAGUGUCACCACAAAGAUCCUCAACUGGACUGCCUGGAGUGUCGCCACAAAGAUCCUCAACUGGACUGCCUGGAGUGUCACAGCAAAGAUCCUCAACUGGACUGCCUGGAGUGUCACAGCAAAGAUCUUCAACUGGACUGCCUGGAGUGUCACCACAAAGAUCCUCAACAGGACUGCCUGGAGUGUCACCACAAAGAUCCUCAACUGGACUGCCUGGAGUGUCACAGCCAAGGUCCACAACAGGGCAUCCUGGAGCUACUCAGCCAAAGUCUGCAACAGGGCGUCCUGGAGCUACUCAGCCAAAGUCUGCAACAGGGCGUCCUGGUGUUACACCAGGGCAACGUGCUCCUGCAGUUUCCAGUGCUGAUCAGCCUGGUGUUGCUGCCACAGGCACCCCCCCAAGUUGGGAGCAACCCACAGUCACAGACCAGAGUUUCCCUCCAACCGAGAUUCCUUCUGAUGGCCAAUUUCCCUACAUGGAAUCCCAGCCAUCCUAUGUGCUAUCUCAAGGAACCUACAUGCCAUCCCCGACAGCCUAUAUGCCACCCUACAUGCCAUCCCAGCAACCCUACAUGCCGCCCCAGCAACCCUACAUGCCAUCCCAGCAACCCUACAUGCCAUCCCAGCAAUUCUACAUGCCAUCCCAGCCGCUCCCUGGGGGACACCAGCAUCCUAUACCACCACCACCUCCAUGGUUGCCCCAGCAGCCUGGAGUUGGACUCCAGACCUCUCGAGAAAGACUCCCAGGCCAAAGAGAUAAAAGCUCAUCACAGGACAGACAGAGUUUUAGCUUCCCCUUUGCCUUGGAGACCCUGCGUUUGAUGGGGGAGCUUACCAACUACUACCUGAUUCUGAAGGAGCAGAUGGGGGAACUGGAAGAAGACCCUGGCAAAUCUGAGCUGGACAAGCUAAAGAGCGUGUUAGGAAAAUUAACCUCUAAAAGCAUCCCUGAUGACAUGAUGGAACAGCUACAAGGUCUUAAAGCCUUAACCAAAGAAAUUCAAGAGGAGAGGGAAAAAAUGAGGUUUAUGCAAAGGAUUCUGGAAGGAGAGGAGGAAGAACAAGAAGAUGAUGGAAGAAGAACUGGCCAGCUAAGUCUGCAGCUAAAUAUCCUCAGAGUGAAUGUGCACGACAUAGAGAAGGAGCUGGCACUGCUGAGGGAACGGCAAGAGCAGGGCAAGGCCCUUGUAGAACAAUCAGUGGCAGAAGCAUCACUUUAUCUACAGGAACAGUUAGAUAAGCUCAGGAUGAUCAUAGAAAACAUGCUGUCCUCUUCAUCCACGCUGCUGACCAUGAGCAUUGCGCCACCUAAGGCUCCAACCACAGUGGACCCAAGCCAAGUUGACUCACACACCACCUGUCCAGCUUGUAGCCUAGAUCUGGGUCAGCAAGUCAGCAGGCUAGUACAGCGCUAUGAGCAGCUCCAGGAUAUGGUCAACAACCUGAUGAUCAGUAAGCCCUCUAGGAAGCAUCAGCAACAGAACCAGGAUGAAGAGCUCCUAGGUCAUAUCCAGGCCACUAUCCUUCAGGUGCAAGGUGACUGUGAGAAACUUAACAUCACCACUGGCAAUCUCAUUGAAGAUCACAGGCAAAAGCAGAAGGAUAUUGAUGUGCUGUACCAGUCCCUAGAGAAGCUAGAAAAGGAGAAAGCGAACAGGGAACACCUGGAGUUGGAGAUCGAUGUGAAAGCAGAUAAGUCUGCCCUCGCUGCCAAGGUGAGCCGAAUCCAGUUCGAUGCUACCACAGAGCAGUUGAAUAAAAUGAUGCAGGAUCUGCUGGCAAAGAUGACUGGCCAAGAGAAGGACUGGAAGAAAGUCCUGGACAAGCUUGUGGGAGAAAUGGAUACCAAGCUGAAUCGCCUGGAGUUAGAUCCUGUGAAGAAGCUGCUUGAGGAUAGGUGGAAGGCCAUACGCAAACAGCUGAAGGAACAGUCCCCACUCUAUCAGUCUGACGAUGCUGCCACCAUGAGGAGGCAGCUUUUGGCACACUUCCAUUGUCUUUCAUGUGACCGGCCCUUAGAAACAGCUGUACCUGGACCACUCAUCCCCUCAGUGCCUAGUGGCCCAGGACUGCCAGCACAUCGUUCUAACCGUCCGUACACCAUCUAUGAAUUGGAGCAAGUCCGGCAGCAAAGCCGCACCAUGAAGCUGGGCACUGCCUUCCAACGAAUGGAGCUGGGACAACUGGAAAGGAGUGUAGGCCGCCUGCAUUCUAUGCACUCCAAGAUGCUGAUGGACAUAGAGAAGGUGCAGAUUCAUUUUGGAGGCUCAGCCAAGGCCAGCAGCCAGAUGAUCAGGGAGCUGAUCCAGGCUCAGUGCCUGAGCUCCUCAUACUAUAAACGGAUUCAAGACAUACCGGAUUACUCCUUCAUGUCAGUGCCACGUCGAUGCGGUGGCAGCCAUACACUUACCUUCCCCUACCGCCGCUACACCCGACUACAGCACCUGGCUCAGUGUAUCUAUCCAACAGAAGACUUACAGACCUCCUUGAAGCAUGAGGUGGACAUCUUAGGCCUGGAUGGACACAUCUACAAGGGACGGUUAGAGACAAAGCUGCCUGGAAUCCCAAGCAAGGAGGGUCCUUUAAAGAACAAACCAAAGUCCAUCUGUCCAGUUGGGCACAAUAGGCAAUCCCCUUCAAGACCACAGAGUGCUCAGUUGGUGCCUUCCUUGGCAGCCCAGCAAACGAAGGGCAGACCUGUUUCUUCUCAGGGUCGCCUCACACAACUUAAUGCCACCCACCCACCAAGCCCCACAACUAUUAACCCCAAUAACCUCCCCUAAUAGACUAGAGGAUGUCUAUUGAGGUGUACAUGGAUGUCCUCCACUUUAUCCUGGCUGAAGACCAAACAGGGAUACCCUGGACCUCGGGAAAAUAUACCUUCAUGCGUAGAACUUGCCAAUAAAUGUUUGCAAAGAAGAA